AUGACCGAGGAUGAUAGACUACACUUGACAGAUGAAAUUAUCGCGGAACGGGUGCGUGGUAGCAAAUGGGUCUUUGUAUCGGAGCAUGCCUUUCUUCUUUGCAUCUGGAGUUUGAAAGCAUGCAUGCUGGUGAUCUAUGCGCGUAUCACUGAAGGAUUAAAGCAGAAACGCUGGAUCAACUAUGUCACAAUUUACGUUGCACUAGGGUUUGUUGCAUCCGAACUGUCGCUCUUCCUACUCUGUCGGCCAUUGUCACACUACUGGGCCGUCGUCCCAGCGCCAGAAUACCAAUGCUCUUCCUACCAAUAUUACGAAAUCGUGCAAGGUUCCAUCUCGAUCUCUGGCGAUGUCUUAAUGCUUCUCAUCGCCAUCCCGAUGCUGGUCCAAGUCCGUGUCCCGCUUAAGCAAAAGCUGAUUCUGACGAUCCUUUUCGGCAUGGGAAUCUUCGUCAUCGUCGCCGCCGUCCUGAACAAGGUCUACUGUCUCGUCCCAUCUCUGAUUUCCUAUAUCUACAUGAACUGGUACUUUCGCGAAGCAGCCGUCGCCAUCAUGGUCACCAACCUGCCGCUAAUCUGGUCACUUCUCCGUGACGUCUUCCCCAUUCUCAAGAGCUGGACCGGAGGAUCCAAACGCGGCACCGAUCGCUACAAAUCCGGAGCCUGGAAUAGCCAAGGAAACUCCAAUCUGCCUCACUAUGGCCCGUCAAGCCUUGUGCGAUCGGGAGUCUUUAGCAUGCAAGAGUUCGAGGGCACCACCACGAUUACCCCAACAAAGGCGACUGCCUCUGAUAUCCAUAUCGGCGAAGAGCACGAUGCAAGCAGUGAUGAUGGCUCGGCCCGCGCUUUGCGCAUUCGUCAAGAUAUUACCGUUACGGUGCAGCAUGACUCCCAGCCGGAGGACUAUGAUGCGAUCUCUUCGCGGAUUACCCGCGCCCGCGAGGAGGUUUAA